CAAAAUCCCUUCAUGACGUCUGUCAUCACUUAAACACACUUUAUUCCUUCAACGCCCCGCCUCGUUUUUUUCAGAUUCCAAAGAACCCACUGUUUACUCUUUUAAUUACAUUGCAAUGCCACGAUUUGAAAUCAUAGAAGAGGGUUAAGGACGCCAGUACGAUGACCGGCCUGUCAUCGUGUUGAGUAACCACAAGGGAAAAAACCAUGAAGAGGGAGAUUUCUGCCGUUGACAGAGAAAAUAUCGCUGACGAGGCUGUCCCCAUCAGUAAGCCACUUCAUGAAGACCAAAUCAAUGAUCAACAAAUUCCCAGAGCAGUUUCAUGUACAAUUUUUACCUGUGCAAGCAGCGAGAUACCAGAUGAUCAUUUAUCAAAAAUGAAUGAUGGAAAGCAUGUAUAUGGUGCAAACUGCAUAAAAGGCUGGAUCCCACUUGCAGUCAUCAUUGCAUUAACUACCGCUUCCGUCUUGUAUGGAAUUGCCGACAUAAUCAAAAUGUCUCAUCGUCAACACAAGGCUUUACCAGAGGGGACCAAUCUUAACCUCAGUUUACAGUCUGUGAAUAGAAGCGUUAUGCUAUGGACAAGACAAAUGUUGUCGACACAUAGCAUUCGUCAUAAAGACCAAUCCAAUUGGACUCCCUGAAACCACAUUCAACGGUACAAAACAUCUACACAGUUGUGACAUUGUUGUAAAAAUUCCAUUAUCAAUCUUAUCACAAACACUGCAUCUGUGUUUUGAACGGGUGUCUGAACAAUGCAAAGGCAGUGAUUUGUAAAAUAUUUCAUCAUGACUUGUGUGUCUGAAGAUGGCCACCAUGAUUUUUAUCAUUUUGUCUUUAAAACAUCAAGUAAAACCGCAACUUAGGUUAAAAGUACCUCAAAGAAGCAGAGUUUUUAUUAAACUCGUAACAAAAUUAUCUUAAGUACAAAAAAAUACAAAAAAUAAUCGAAUUAUUCUUGGCCCGACUUGACAAAAUCCGAACGAUUUUAAGUAUGAAUUAACAAAAAUAUUAACGAUUUAAACAAUCGCAACUUCUCGGGCCUUUCCGGCAAGCUCGGAAAAACACCUCGAAUGUAUUAACAUCACCGGAUGUUAGAAUUUUAUACAAAAUGGAGUCGCUUCCCAUUAAAAUAAGUAUCGGUUAGACAGUCUUGUGUGUCGCUUCUUUGUUAUA